AUGCGUGACUAUCGUGUCCUCUACAGUGGUGACUAUAUUGUGCAGCGUGUGGCUGAGGCUAAAAAGACUCGAGUCAAGAGCACAACACUCAACUCCGCACCACCCGUCUCAAACGAGCAGCCGCCUACAAGCACCCCCACCCCCACAACCACCCCCACGACGAGCACCACAGCAAAAACGACGACGAGCAAAUUCGCAUCAACCAAAAAUAAGCUCCGCAAAACUAAAAACAAAACAUCAACCAGCAAAAAACACCCGGCAAAACAUGACGGCGACCACCAAAUUUCGAUGACGGCGGCCACUAAAGUGAAGUUUUCCCGCAAGCCGUCCAACUCCACUAGAGCUCCGAUGAAACAAACUCGACGACCGUCAUCAUCUUCGAGAGAUGUGACGGCCAAAGCAGAGCACUCGUCAUCACCGUCACCUCAACACAACUCUAAAACAACCACUAGAGUGCCUCAGUUCAGCCGCACUACUAAGAAGCCGGCUAGACGCAUCUCGAAUCAUAAGAAUAGUCGACUUUCAAUGGUGACAACGGCAUCUAAACCGCCUCUCAGCCUUAUUGCCACUAAGAAGAAGUCCAAUCGAACAGCUCACAGAAAACCCUUGAAAUCGCUAAAAUUCAACGAAACUGAUAAUUCGCAGCUGCGAACAACUAUCGCAAAUACUAAGAAGAAGCAGCAGCAGCAGCAGCAGCCGCAUUUGGGCAUAGCUCGGAACAUUCAAAUAAACCUGACCACAGCAUUUGAUGAGGGCGACGCAGUGCUGACAUCUUUGGAAGCAAGUUUCUUACAAGAUGAUCUUGCCUGA